UAUAUUAGCAAGUAUAUAAUCAAAAAAGUAAAAAUCCAUUUUUGCGACUGAAAAACUUCUAAAGUGUAGAUCAAAGAUGGAUAGGACUUAACAAUUUUAGAAAGAUAUAUUAUAAAAGUGCAAUCGAAAGCUCUGAGCGAUCUAGCUAAAUGAAUUGUUUUGGACAACUUAUUUCGUGAAUCAGCUUCAAUCCUUGUUUCAAUGUAUACUUGUUUUCACUAAAUAUUUAUUUUUAUAACGUGUCGAAGUUCACCUGUAAUACUAAUUAAGAUGCGUCGCGCUUAAUAAUAUAAACAAAAACCACCACUACACCAAAAACAAAUUUGCUUUUACUUGAAGUUUUUCAAUGGAACAAUGUGAAGGUAAUAAUAAUGACGUUGAAAAAGAAAGAAUUAUCUUUGAUGUACACAUGGAAAAAAAUCAAGAAGUAGAUGAUGAAGCUACUUUGAAACGACGCUUGGCUGGUCCUUCAGUGUUGAAAUCUGGUCAAGAAAGUGUCAAUCAAGAAAGAAUUAAUGAAAUAAUUUACUCAGCUUCUAAAGGAAGCAAGUAUUUUGAAGCAGAGCAGAAAAGAGACCUUGAACUUCGCAACAGAAUUGAACGUGUACAACAGGAGGUAAAGGAAUACUAUCGUAAACUUGAAUGCGAUAAGGGGUUUCAAAGGGAAUGGGCUGAACGUACUGAUGAGAUUGACGGUUACAUGCAAGAACUCCGAUCUAGUCGUGAUUUAAGUCAAGUAAUCGUGCAUGUAGAUUGCGACGCAUUUUAUGCAUCUAUUGAAGAGUUGAGAAACGAAAAUCUUAAGAAUGUUCCAAUGGCUGUUGGUAAAGGUGUUUUAUGUACUGCAAACUAUAUGGCUAGAAAGUUCGGCGUGCGAUCAGCCAUGCCAGAAUUUAUCGCAAGAAAACUUUGUCCAGACUUAAUCGUUAUUCCUCUGAACAUACCAGAGUAUGCGAAGAAAUCAAAGGAAAUACAGGAUGUACUAGCGGAGUAUGAUCAGAAUCUUUGCCCAGCUAGUAUCGAUGAGGUUUACAUGAAUUUAACUUCAUACAUUCACCUGCAUGAGCUUAGUAACGAUGAAGAUAAUAUACAGAAAGUCGUUACGCAAAUAAGAAAUAAAGUUCUGGAGGUUACUGGUGUCAGUGUCAGCUGCGGAAUCGCUGCUAACAAAUUACUAGCUAAAAUUGCUAGUAACAUGAAGAAACCGAACGAUCAAUUCUUUGUUUCAAAUGAAGCAGAAUUGAUUGAAAAGUUUAUGUUCGAAUUACCAACAAGAAGGAUUAAUGGGAUUGGCAGAGUAUUAGAGCAGGAGCUUCUUGGACUGGAUAUCAAAACCUGUGGAGACAUAAUUCAUAGUAGGACUCUCUUGUCCUAUGUCUUCAAGGAGAAAACAUUUCAAAAUUUAAUACAAUGCAGCUUGGGAAUUGGAUCUACCAUUGUUCAAGAUUUUGGUGAUAGCAAUAGAAAAAGCAUUGGCAGUGAAAUAACAUUUUCGAAAGCUAUUACUUCCGGUGGUCUCCUGGAAAGCAAGCUACAAUCUUUGUGUCAAAGUUUGGCAGAUGAUUUAUCGAAACGUGAUUUAAUCGCAAAUUCAAUUUCGAUUAAGAUAAAGACCGAUACCUUUCAAGUACACACGAGACAGAAAAACUUAAGAGAAUACAUCUACAAUGACACAGACCUUUUCUGCGAAGCUCUAAAAUUAUUGAGGGUGGAAUAUCCACUACGAUUACGGCUGUUGGGUGUUCGACUUAGCAAGUUGACCACCAAGUCAAGCUAUUUUGCUUGCCAACUUAAAUUCUCAAAACAAAACAGUGUCCCAUGUCCUGUUUGUCACAAAAACUUAGAAGAUGAUUUAAGCGUUGUAAACCAACAUAUCGAUCUUUGCCUAAAUACCGAAACAGUUAAGACAGUGAUAAACAAUGAAAAAAAAGGACCUCCCAAAAGAAAACGAAACACUAUAGAUGUUUUUUUCAGGCAUUAACUUUCCACAUUAAAAGGCCUCGGUAUAGUAUGGAAUAUUUUGGAUACAAUAUAGACGAAAGGUACAUUGAAAUGAAAAUAAGUCAAAAUUUAUUUACGUUCGAAAUAGAUAAUUAGAGUCGCUUAUCCAUUGGAUUUCAAACAUACUGAGAACCAG